AUGGCUGCCUCAACAAUGGCUCUCUCCUCCCCUGCCUUCGCCGGAAAGGCCGUGAAGCUUUCCCCAGCGGCAUCAGAAGUCCUCGGAAGUGGCCGUGUGACAAUGAGGAAGACUGUAGCCAAGCCAAAGGGUCCAUCAGGAAGCCCAUGGUACGGAUCCGAAAGAGUCAAGUACUUGGGUCCGUUUUCCGGCGAGCCACCGAGCUACCUCACCGGAGAGUUCCCAGGUGACUACGGAUGGGACACCGCGGGUCUCUCCGCCGAUCCCGAGACGUUCGCAAGGAACCGUGAGCUAGAAGUUAUCCACUCGAGGUGGGCCAUGCUCGGAGCCCUAGGCUGCGUCUUCCCGGAGUUGUUGGCCAGGAACGGAGUCAAGUUCGGAGAGGCGGUCUGGUUCAAGGCCGGUUCGCAGAUCUUCAGCGAAGGAGGACUCGACUACUUGGGAAACCCGAGCUUGGUUCACGCUCAGAGCAUUUUGGCGAUAUGGGCCACUCAGGUGAUCUUGAUGGGAGCUGUCGAAGGUUACAGAGUCGCAGGAGAUGGACCGUUGGGAGAGGCCGAGGACUUGCUCUACCCAGGUGGCAGCUUCGACCCAUUGGGUCUCGCUACCGACCCAGAGGCCUUCGCGGAGCUCAAGGUCAAGGAGCUCAAGAACGGAAGAUUGGCUAUGUUCUCUAUGUUCGGAUUCUUUGUUCAAGCCAUCGUCACCGGUAAGGGACCAAUCGAGAACCUUGCUGACCAUUUGGCCGAUCCAGUCAACAACAACGCCUGGGCCUUCGCCACCAACUUCGUUCCCGGAAAGUGA